AUGGAAGCUGUUGAAGGAAAGCUUGUAUACCCUGAGAAACCAGGUGAAGAUGAAGAUGCCUCAAAGAUGGACAAAUAUCAGAAACAGGUUGAUGUACUUGAAAAGAAAGAAUUUUUGGCACAGAAUAUCAUUGUUUCGUCUGUUAGCAGUCAAGUAAGACAGCUUAUAAAUAUGUGUUCAACUGCACAGGAAAUGUGGGGGAAACUUUUGAGUAUUUUUGAACAGAGAACUGAACAGAGACAAGACCGCUUGUUUAAUGAAUUCUUUGGAAUUAAGGAAAAGGACUCACUUGACAGUGUAGUAAAACACAUAGCAAAGCUGGAAAAACUUUGGGUUGAGCUACAGGACGAAACUUGGAAAGAAGAUAAAGUUAAGCUUCCUGAUUCAUUAUUCCUAAAUAGGGUGUUGAAUACGUUGCCCUGUGAAUAUAGUGAAUUCAUUAACGCUUGGGAGUCUGUACCGAAGGAUCUGAGGACACUGUCAUUAUUGAGAGAGAGAGACUGUGUACGGUUGAAAUGA